UUUAAAGACGAAGCCAACUUUCUGAUGCAGCGUAUGAUGAACCCAAACUGUCACUUCGAUGUUAGUUUGAAGGUUGAAACAUGAACUGAAAAUUCAAGAUGACAGAAAAAGCAUUUAUAUCAAAAUUUCGUUGUAACACCAAGCAAAUGGAAAAUCAACCAAAAAGGACAGUAAUCAUACCCAAAGGACUUUUAAAUCCCGAAGGUGAAACAGCGAUCAACAUACCAAAAAAUCUCACGCCAGAUGUACCAUUUUUUAUGGUUCCUGCAAAGAAAGGUAUCACGGCACGAGUACUACCAUCAUUCGGUGAUGAGCUAUCUACAACGUAUUACAAGAAGGCAAGCAAAGGCACCUGGACAAAUACAGAAGCCGGAAGAAAAAGGAGAAUAAUGGUCUUGAAAAAUGCCCUGGAUCCUGAUAGAGAUAACGUGAUAUACAUACCUAAGAAUACAAAUCCAAACGCGCUAUUGCUGGUAGGUCCUCCAAAACUUCCAGGAGGCCCGUUGGUUGCUCAAGUACUACCUGACUUCAGAGAUCGUUUAUCAAGUGGCGUUAUACCUCGAGAUCUGACUGCGAUUCCCCAAAAAUGUCAUUUUGAUUACAAAAAGAAGACACAGAAAGAGACAGAACCAGGAGAAAAGCUCGCAAAAAGCGUCGCAAGUGGAAACGCUGUAUUGGAAGAUGGCCAAGGAGAAGAAGGCGAAGAGAUGCCGCAGGAAGAACGCCAUCCGGCAAGCAUCGAAUAUUAUGAGGAUGAUAUAUACGCACAUAACUAUGAUUCUACUCAAUCUGAUUGCCCUGUUAUUCAAGCAGCAAUGCACCGAGUUUAUGACCAAUCUGGACAUCCACAAUCUCAGCAGCAGGAGUACCAAUAUUAUACCCAAGGUCCAGGAUAUCAGCACUAUGAACAGGGAUUCAAUUCCACAACAUCCUGCAGGCUAAGACAAGCACAAAAACAAAAGCAGUAUUAUGAAGAAACUGGGGAAGAACAAGACGGAUCCGAAGAAGACGAUGAGGAAGACGAAGAUGAAGAUGCUGGUGGUUACUAUGAAUGCUGUGCUGAGCAAGAUUAUGACAACAGAAUCUGCUCGGGAGUACCAGCUCCUGGAGAACCACGAUUCUAUUAUUAACUGAUUAGAAGCUUGCAGGGUGUAGGAAGAAGUAUAUUCCAGAGACUGGUUGAAGACAAUGUACAGUAGAUUAUUGUAACUUUUUCAGAAAAAAUAAAUCUCGUUGGACACAAACGUUUGAG